AUGGACGAUUUGUCCGAAUACUCGUCACCGGUUAUUGAAUUCAGAGCAACACAUGACGAUGAAAAGCAAAUGAAGUUAAUGGAUAAAAAUACGGGAACCGAUCCCCUACCUCCGAAAAUCGAUACGUCCACCGAAACGCAUCCGACAUUUAGUAAGGAAACACAAACCUACGCAAAUAAGGAAUUCCUAAAAAAUAUCGAUGAACGGAAACUGGCCAUUUGGUUACGUCAAAUACUUCCAACUGUCGAAAAGGAACUACUCAAAGGCUGUACACCAGACUUCAAUUCCAAUGCCACAGCUGUUGUUGAAUUUCCUGAAAUACAGCCUUAUCAGAGGCUUCAGUUGGAAACAUCCGAAAACUCGCAGGGAAUUGGAAUUUGGUUGGCGGUACAUACCAACAAUGCUCCCAUUUUAGUCAUCAGUACAAUAUCACCUCAUGACGAUGAUUGGUGCGAACACGUCGACCAAUACUUUUUGGUGUAUGUCCCAAUGCGCGAACUUACCUCUAAUUUUAUUGUCUGGACAGAAGUUAAGCGUGUAUCCGUUAAGGCCUGCUUGCGCAGUCUGUGUACAAAUUCGUUUAACAAAUGCACCUUUGCCGGCUCCACUAUGGAUGGUGACAUUUACAUUUGGAACUGUGAUCAAAAAAUCAAAUCAGUGGCCAUAACUGAAUUGUUCAAUGCAACAUCAAUACAUGGGUAUGCCCUUGCAAUGGAUUGGUCUAGCGAACAAACUCUACUAACAGCGCACAGUAACGGUUACGUGGUACAAUGGGGUUUGGGUACUGAAUUAAUAUCAGAAGCAGAAUAUUUUAUUAAACCAGCACCAUCGAGUGGCUCAAAGGAAGCAUCCAUUUCGUGUUUACUGGCUUUAAGUGGAAAUGAUUUUGUUGUUGGCUGUGAUGAUGGAUCCAUUUAUCGUUGUUGGAUUUCCAGUUCUGCGACUAUAAUGAAGUUUCAUGUGGACAUAAUUCCAUUGAAGAAACAUCUAUUUAUGACAUCAUCAUUGUUAAAGACACGAACAAAUGGUCAUAGCAUUGUGAUAUAA